AUGAGAAGCCGAAGUUCUAAAGUCUCCAGUGGUUCAUCAACUGCAUUCUGCAACUGUGGGUUGAGAACAAAAAUGAGCACCUGUUGGUGCGGCGAGAAUCCGGGAAGAAGAUUCCUUGGUUGCUCUCUGUGGCCAAGACCUGAGAGAUACAGCUACUUUGAAUGGGUUGAUGAGCCAAUUUGUCCAAGAGGGAGAGUUCUUAUUCCUGGUUUGCUGAAAAAGAUUAACAAAAUGGAAGAACAAGUUGAAAGAACGCGUAAGAGGGAGAAAAUUUUGAUUACCAUAAUUGUGCUUUUGGUGGUUUUGCUAGUAAUGAGUUGGAGGAGUAAAGGUGAGGGAAAAGCAAUGGGAGGCAAGUUGCUGCUAACACUGGAGUGA